GUAAACCAUUACUGCGACCAACAUGCAAAACAUUUGAAGUUUGAUUUCAAUCGGUUAAAAUUGGUUAAAGACCAAUUUAUUUGACUCUUUCUAAAUCCUCCAAAUUGCUUUUGCUUCCUGAUCGAAGCACUUAAAUUGAUUUCGAUGUAAUAUUUUUGAUAAUUUUGUUAUUGUUUAUAUUUUUUUAUUUAAGUUUUGUUUAAUGUUUAUAAAACAAAUAGCUAAGUUUAAACUUCAACCAACUUCAACCAAAAUGUAUGUAUGUAUUAAUUUGUUAGUUACAGAAAUGUGCGUCUGUAAUCUUUCUGACAAUUAAAUACGCGGGGCUUGUCUGGCUAAUGAAAAUGGGUCAAAAUGAGUUUAACUAAUACUUUAAGGUGUGAUAAAAAAAAAAAGGUGUUCUAACAGUUGGGAUGGCAAUAACGACAAAAUGUUUAGAAGUUCUACGAACUAUGCAUGUAAAUGUCUGGACAGUUUCGAAAGACAAUGACCUUGGCUAAAUGCUGUCUUUUCCUCUCUGAUGUGCACUGAGGAUCAGAGGGGCUGUUGAAAUGCCUGUGAUGGCUGGGGUCAUCAAAGGGCAGCUGUCCACUAUAAAUGCCCUGUCUGAAUCUGUCUGCUCAAAGCGCAUUUCGAACCAAGACGAGCUAGAGGAAGGAGAAUAGUAGUUUCCAUCUCCCCGUAUUUUACAUUCCGCGUGACAACGCUAUAUUGGAUAAACUUUUGCAGUCUAAAAUGGAAGGCUUGGAUCGGCUCAUACUUUGUGCACUAUUCGUCUGCUUUUUCAGAUUUGGCUGUUCGACGAAACCAUUGCACCAUUCGCGACAUCGCAAGAACUCAUCGGAUUCCAAAUUAGGACAUCUUAAUUCGUUCUAUCCGAACAGGUACCCUCUUUACAUGAUGCAGCUGUACCGCUCCUUAAAGGCGGCAGACACUCCACUGUCCGUGACUGUCAGCCCUUUAAGCACAGCCAAUGAAAACCCUUCUCUUCGGAAUUCUGAUUCUGUCAUCAGUCUGAUAGCAAAAGGUUGUCAUCAAGUGGGUGAUAAAUGGACCGUCACUUUUGACAUGUCCUCCAUCUCUGCGAGUGAUGACGUGCAGUUGUCAGAGCUCCGGAUCAGACUACCUGCGUUCUCAUCCUCUAAGCGCAUCACAUUGGAGAUUUAUCACUCGCUGAAGCAGGACUGCGACUCUGACUCUAAACUUUGCCGCGAGGAGCUCCUUCUCCUGGGUAGCUUUGGCGUAUCACCCAAUGACACCACGUCUCCAUGGAAGGUUUUCAACGUGACAGCUAUCCUCAGGUAUUGGCUGAACCAGGGCGACUCACUGACCAAGUGGCAAGAAGCAAGAGUCGAAGAUGUGAUGGUGGAAAAACCCAUGAGUGGAGCACUGGAAGAUGGAGAGGAAAUUGGCGUGCCCACUAUCAGGCAUCUUACGCAUGGACGAAGAAAAGUACACCACCCGACAGCCGAUCGGGUUAUGAUGGUUGUCUUCUCCAAGCAAAACAUGCCUGGUGAUGGCGAGAGCGCACACACUCUCAUCCGUACUGUAGAGCAUUCUAAAUACACAUUUUUGAAUAAAGUAAGCCGUGUAGCUCAAGGGCGACGCCACAAGAGAAACCGAUUGGAGAGCAUGCGGAUGGCUGGUGGAAUAGCAGCUAAUCUUACUGGAUCGGUGUCUGAAGCCGCUCAACGCCCACUUUGCAGAAAGGUGGACAUGUGGGUAGAUUUCGAUCAGAUCGGCUGGGACGAGUGGAUUGUGUAUCCAAAACGCUACAACGCCUUUCGCUGCGAAGGCGAGUGCCCUACUCCAGUGGAUGAAUCAUUCAGUCCCACCAACCACGCGUACAUGCAAAGUCUUUUGAGACUGUACCAUCCAGAUCGCGUGGGUUGUCCCUCCUGCGUACCUACGCGUCUCAGCCCGCUGUCUAUGCUGUACUACGGGGAUGAAGACGUGGUGUUGCGGCAUCACGAGGACAUGAUCGUGGAAGAGUGUGGCUGUCAUUGAUGCUGCUGCCAUGUCACCCCUGCAACCAUAAAGACUGUUAUAAAAGGAAAACAUGGAAUGCUUAACAUGCAAAUAAGUCUUAAUGUGCCACAUGGAUUUAUUUGAAGGUCUAGUGUCCAUUUAGCUCCGUAUUUCUUUGUGUUCUUUGGCACAUUAAAUUUCAAUUAUUUUGCUACGGUGGGUCCUACUUACUAUAACUUAUUUUAGGCCUAAGUCACGAAUAACUUGGAACCGUAGCAUUCUAUAUUGAAAGAUGUCUUUAGAUUGAACCAAUCCUUGGUAAAUAUAUACUAUUAUUUAUUUAAAUAUUUCAAGAACAUAGAACCCAUUUUUGGGUGUAAGACUGUCAAUAUACAAUUAAUGUUUUUGUCAUUUCAAGAUGUAAAAAUGUGCCUCAAUUAUGAC